CUUUCUAAUUUUCCACUUCAAAAGCUAAAACCGCUCAUAUAGCGGAAGGUAACCAUAAAAAGAUCUUCCAUCUCUCCUCCGCCGCCACUCUACCGCCCCUUUUCCCCUCUUUCCCUCUCAUGUACGAUCCACUUUUUUUGCUAUUUAUAAUUAUUUUAUUUCAAAUAAAAUUUAUAAAUAAUAAUUUAAAAUAAUUAUAGAAUAAUCCUUACACCAGCAGUUGAGGCAACUCGCAUACCUCGAUCAAAUGGAACAAAAGCAUAUGCUGUUAUCGGCUUUGAGCGUUGGUGUUGGCGUAGGGGUAGGGUUGGGGUUGGCAUCGGGACAGAACAAAUUGAAUGCAAAAGCUUCGCCUUUGAAUGCUAUAACUGCAGAGAACUUAGAGCAAGAAAUGCUCAGGCAAGUGAUUGAUGGCAGAGAAACUGGUGUCACCUUCGACCAAUUCCCUUAUUACCUCAGUGAGCAGACUAGAGCAUUACUAACAAGUGCUGCAUAUGUUCACUUGAAGCAUGCUGAAGUUUCCAAGUACACAAGGAAUCUUGCGCCUGCAAGUCAAGCUAUAUUGCUUUCAGGACCUGCUGAACUUUACCAACAAAUGCUUGCGAAGGCUUUAGCUCAUUAUUUUGAAACUAAAUUGCUGUUGUUAGAUGUUACCGACUUUUCUUUAAAGAUUCAGGGCAAAUAUGGAACUGCAAUGAAAGAAUUUUCUUUCAAGAGGUCUAAUUCAGAGUGUACACUGGAUCGACUGUCUAGCUUCUUUAAAUCACUACCGAUCCAUCCUCAGAAAGAAGAACGAAAAGGCGGUCUGCGAAGGCAAUAUAGUGGCAUGGAUAUUUCUUCAAGGGCAAUUGAAGGUUCUUCUAGUGCUCAUAAGCUAAGAAGAAAUGUUUCUACAACUAAUUUAAGUAACCUAGCUUCACAAUGCACUGCUGCAAAUACAGCUCCAUUGAAGUGCACGAGUAGUUGGUCUUUUGAUGAGAAGCUUUUUAUACAGUCCCUUUACAAGGUUUUGGCUUAUGUGUCUAAAGCCAAUCCCAUUGUGUUGUAUCUUAGGGACGUUGAUAAGUUCUUAUCUAGGUCACACAGAAUAUAUAAUUUGUUCCAGAAGAUGCUAAACAAGUUGUCUGGAUCAGUGUUGAUUCUUGGUUCACAAAUUGUGGAUCUGGGUACUGACAAUAGAGAGGAGGAUGAAAGGCUUCUAGAUCUUUUUCCUUACAACAUUGAGAUAAGACCUCCCAAAGACGAAUACCAUCUUUUAAGCUGGAAAUCCCAAUUGGAGGCAGAUAUGAAGAUGAUCCAAAUUCGGGAUAAUAAAAACCACAUUAUGGAAGUUUUGUCAUCAAAUGAUCUUGAUUGUGAUGAUCUUGACUUAUUAUGUGUGACAGACACAAUGGUUCUCAGUAACUACAUAGAAGAGAUUGUGGUGUCUGCAAUUUCUUAUCAUUUAAUGAAUAACAAAGAUCCUCAAUAUAGAAGUGGAAAACUUAUUAUAUCAUCCAAGAGUUUGUCGCAUGGACUCAGUAUAUUCCAGGAAGGCAAGUCUGUUGACAAAGAUACUCUAGAUUUGGAAGAACAAGUUGAAGCGUUUAAGGAAGCAAGAAGGAUUGGAACCAUUGGUGUGCAGCCAGCAACAAAAGUUGACACUCUGAAACCUGACAACAAAACUGUAGUAGAGAAGUUAGAUUCAGGGGUAAAGACAGAUGCUGACAAUUAUUUACCAGCUUCAAAAAUUCUGGAAGUUCCUGACAAUGAAUUUGAGAAGCGCAUAAGACCUGAGGUGAUACCAGCAAAUGAGAUUAAUGUAGCAUUUUCCGAUAUUGGUGCAUUAGAGGAGACUAAAGAAUCCCUUCAGGAACUGGUAAUGCUUCCUCUUCGAAGACCAGAUCUUUUCAAAGGAGGACUGCUAAAGCCUUGUAGGGGAAUCUUGUUGUUUGGGCCUCCUGGCACUGGAAAGACAAUGUUGGCCAAGGCCAUUGCCAAAGAGGCUGGAGCAAGCUUCAUUAAUGUAUCCAUGUCUACAAUCACUUCCAAAUGGUUUGGGGAAGAUGAAAAAAAUGUUCGAGCUUUAUUUACACUAGCAGCCAAGGUUUCCCCCACAAUUAUUUUUGUCGAUGAGGUAGAUAGUAUGCUCGGGCAACGGACUAGAGUUGGAGAGCAUGAAGCCAUGCGAAAGAUAAAGAAUGAGUUCAUGACACAUUGGGAUGGGCUUAUGACAAAGCAGGGUGAGCGCAUCCUUGUUCUUGCUGCAACCAACCGACCAUUUGACCUUGAUGAAGCAAUUAUUAGGCGUUUUGAGAGGAGAAUCAUGGUGGAACUUCCUUCUCCUGAGAACAGGGAAAUGAUAUUUAGAACCCUCUUGUCAAAGGAAAAGGUUGAAGAAGGAGUGGAUUUUAAGGAGCUUGCUAUUAUGACUGAAGGAUUUACAGGAAGUGAUCUUAAGAACUUGUGCACAACUGCUGCUUAUCGGCCUGUUAGAGAGUUGAUAAAACAAGAAAGAUUGAAGGAUCUGGAAAAGAAACAGAACGUGGCAAAAGUGCAAAAGUUGGUGCAAACUGCAGAUACAAAAGAAGACAGUAAAGAGGAGAGAGUAAUCACCCUUAGGCCAUUGAACAUGGAAGACUUCAAACAAGCACAUAAUCAGGUCGCUGCUAGCUUUUCAGUUGAGGGGUCAACAAUGAGCGAGUUGAAGCAGUGGAAUGAUUUGUACGGGGAAGGGGGUUCAAGGAAAAAGCAGCAGUUGUCUUAUUUCUUAUAAGCACUCACCCAUAUUCACGCAAGCUCCAUUUAAUAUUUUCUGGGAACAACAAGAAAGCAAAUGCGGAUAAUGGCAGCUUAAGGUAGCUUCUCUAUGGGAGAAUUAUAAUAGGGGAGAGAAGAUGCUAAACCCAGCAAAAUCAUCAUGUAAUAUUAUGUAGUUGAUUUGUGUGUAUAAUUCUUCAGGUAGACCUGGUAUGCAGCUGCUUCAUUCUAGGAAUAAGAGUGGCUAGCUAUUCCACAGUUAAUAAUCCACAGCGUAGCUGGAGGCCAUGCUACUUAAUAGAAAUAGUCAAAUUGUCUAGAAAAUCUAAAAUUUUCAGUGUCUUUGUCCAUUUUAGUUAAUUCUUUUAUUUUUU